AACGAGAGUGGGAAGUGACACAACACCACACACAGUGGGCUCGCACGCACAGCAGACAAGCUGACACUCCACUCACACCCCACUCCGCUAACACACACACUCACUCCUGUGUACUCAACGAAGAGCGAAAACAAUCACACGUAUCAACAACAACAAGCACGCUUUAACAAAUCGUGCGCUGCACUCAUCACACGCUAUUCCUGCACACAAGACCACUCGUAUACAGCAGCAAUGCAAACACUCGGCGUUCUACACUCUUAUACAUAUAUCUGAUCAUACGCGAGACCCAUAGCCACUUAUAUUAUAUAGAAUAUACAGCCAGACACUUAGCGAACAGAGACACACACGCGCAUGUUAUGCGCGCACUCUAGACGCAGCGACACAAGCGUAGUCAUACAUACACAAUGUCUGCUACACGAGAGUAGACUGACCACACACUCACACGAGACACACACACACACUAGACACACACACCACACUAGAUACACACACACACUAGACACACACACUCACACUAAAACACUCACACUAGACACACACUAGACACACUCACACUAGACACACACACUCACACACACUCACACUAGACACACACACUAGACAAACACACACUCACACACACUCACACACACUCACACGAGACACACACACACACACUAGACACACACACACCACACUAGAUACACACCACACUAGUCACACACACACUCACACUAAAACACUCACACUAGACACACUCACACUAGACACACACACUCACACACGCUCACACUAGACACACACACACCAGACACACUCACACUAGACACACACAUACACUCCACACACACACCACACACCACACACCACACACACACUAGACACACACCACACACCACACACACACCACACGAUACACACACUCACACGAGACACACACACACACUCACACCACACACACACCACACACCACACACACACACUAGACACACACACACACCACACACACACACUAGACACACACACACCACACUAGACACACACUCACACCACAAACACACCACACGAUACACACACGAGACACACACACACCACACUCACACGAGACACACACACACUACACACACACACUAGACACACACCACACGAGACACACACACACCACACUCACACGAGACACACACUCACACCACACACACACACUAGACACACACAUCACACACACACCACACACUCACACGAGACACACACACACACCACACUACACACACACCACACCACACGAGACACACACACACCACACUACACACACGAGAAACACACCACACUACACACACACUCACACGAGGCACACGCACACACACCACACUACACACACGAGACACACACCACACUACACACACCACACACCACACUACACACACGAGACACACCACACUACACUACACACACACACCACACACUACACACAAACUCACACGAGGCACACGCCGUCUAUUCUCGCUCGACGUCUUCACCUCCUGCGCCGCUGUGAGAAGUCAGAGGGAGAGUCGUGGUCUCAUCUGGAUCCCAGGCGACUCAUUCAGACAGCACAGUGCCCGUGAUGACAGCAACUCGGCACUGAGCAGAGGAGGAGCCGGGAGGAGACCUCCCGUCAUCGUCGAACAACAACGUCGUCUCCGUCGUCGUCCUCGCCACCUCCGUCCUCUUCACGAUGAGGCGGCUGCUGGUGCUGACUGUUGCCCUGCUGCUCAUCGACUCUGUCGCGCUCGCUGUGGGGUCGCGGGAGGGCACGACGCCGCACCUCCCCUACAGGACCCGGAGAAGUCUGUCGGCGGGGAGGCCGCUGCUCUCGUGCCCGCGGGGCUGCUCCGUCUGCUCGGCCGCCAACGGCUGCCUGCUGUGCGCGCCGCGCCUCUUCUUCCACCUGCAGCGCGUGGGCAUGCGCCACCUGGGCCAGUGCCUCCUCGCCUGCCCCGCCGGACACUACGGACAGCGCAGCGCCAUCGCGCACCGCUGCAUGCGCUGCCAGGUCCCGCACUGCGACAGCUGCUUCGGCCACUCGUUCUGCACGCGCUGCUCACGCGGACACUUCCUGCACCGUGGCCGCUGCGGGAGCGGCUGUCCCAGCGGACACGAGGGCGACAACCGCACGCAGGACUGUCUCCCCACAGUGGACUGCGAGGUGUCCACGUGGGGAGCAUGGUCCGCGUGCGAACGGAGGGGGAAGACGUGCGGCUUCAAGUGGGGGGCCCAGGAGAGGAGACGUGGUGUGACCAGGGCCCCCUCCCCCCAAGGGCAGCACUGCCCGCCACUCGAGCAGGCUCAGCGCUGCCUCGUGCAGCCCAGGUUUUGCCCCGGGGACGAGCUGGGGCCGCUAAGGCAGAAGAUGCGUUUGGAGCAGAAGAAGAGAAGAGGGUUCACGGUGACGAGGAAAUUCGAGGUCGAGCCCUGACAUCAACCCUGCCACAACAGCCACAACAACCACAACAACAAUAACCAGCGAUGCCAAACUGGCCAGCGGACAGCACUAUGCCAACACCACUACCACCACGAGCAGCAUCGUCAAGAUUUAAACUGCGUAGAAUUUUGCGGUUGUGCCGCUACAACUCUCCCUGGUUUGUUCGAGUCGUACCUUGUGUUGUAGGGCACGAUGUCUGACGUGUCGUCUCCACGUGCGGCAGACAUUCCUCGAAACAAAACGUCAGACACUGCACCGAACAACACGCAGUGGAAGACGGCAUGUAAACGUUUCAACACGGCCAUUUUUACGUCCGUUUUUCGUUUCUAGGAUCGUAAAAGCCCCGCAGAACAAAAUGGUCCUUGUAUUGUGCUCAAUGGAGAAAAUGUCUUGAACAUUUGAGAAAAUCUCUGCUGUGAUCGUUUAAGUUUUUGUACAAAUAUUUUUGCUUUUCAGGGUUUAUUUGUGUGGGCGCUACAGUGCAACAAAGUCUGUGCUGGUUGGAGACAUGUGAAAUAAUGUCUAAGUUUUGGCCACGGGGGUUUGUACAAAUAGUUGUUUUUGUAAAAUCUUUUAUUUACGUUAACAUUUUUUUUUAGUAUUUGGUUUGCCCUACAGUGCAAAAACAAAUGAAAUUUGCACGAGGUCACGUGGCCUACUUAUUGCGAGUGCCCCACUAUUUUUGAGUUUUUUAUUUUACGAAAAAAAAGUUUCUUACGUUUUUUUACAUAUUAAUAUUACGGCCGUUUAGAAUUAUUACGGUUAACUGAAGUGGUUAUCGUCGCUCGUAAAAAAGGGCAAAAAAAUAAAAAAAAUUGUUGCGGAAA